AUGUCGACGCCAUCCACCGCGACUGCAGUCCUUCCACCGCACCAGUCAUUCUAUCCCCAUCAUCAGCAAUACCAGUCGAGUCCCACCGCCUUUAUCAAUGGCCAACCCAUUCGGGCCACUCCGAGGGUAGCGAAUCCACCAUAUAACGGCCUCCCCAGUACUGCAUCCACCACCUCCGCAACCGACCUUCGUCGCACCGUCACUUCCAACACCAGGCAUCCCCCCCCGAUCCUCUCCCCGCAAUAUCCACCCGACAUGUCGGCGGCAAGCCUCGCUAGAGAUCGUGAACGGAGAACGGACUGGGCGGAGUUCUACAAAAAUGGGAUCCCGAAGGAAGUUAUCGUCAUCGACGACGAUUCCCCCGAUCCCAAGCCCGCCUCCAAAGCAACCGCGAACGGCGUCACCCAUAACCAUCCUGCUCCCGUUCAUCGACACGCCGAUAAGAAGAGAAAAACCGGAGCAGCCUAUGAUCCGGUGUACCAACCGGGCUCGUACCCAAACCACACACCCUACUAUGAGCACUCUUCCUCGCACCACAACACCGCCUCUACCGACCGGACGACAUCGGCAAUCAACACUACCGCUGCCACUUCACUCGGCAGCCAAGCGAGCGCGGGAGCAUAUCCACCACCCCCGUUGGACAACGCCGCACAGGCGGGCCAGAAGCGUAAGCGAACUCGACAAGCUGCGCAAGACGAAGCGAAGGAGGCCAAGAGGAGGGAGUUAGAGAAACUCGAUCCAUUGGCUCACUAUCACCCUCCCCCCAAACCUCCGAUCAAAGCCAAAGACGUCUAUGUUCAGGUCAUUUCAGAUCGUCACCGGAACCGCGACCAAGCCGUGGACGAUGAUGACGGGCAUUACAAUGUUGCCGCCGACGUUGAUCUUACUGAGAGGUAUAAAAUCAUCAAACUCCUGGGCCAGGGCACAUUCGGCAAGGUCGUCGAAGCGCUCGACCGCAGGAAGAACACCCGCUGCGCGAUCAAGAUCAUCCGAUCGGUCCAAAAAUAUCGCGAUGCGUCUCGCAUCGAAUUACGCGUUCUAUCGACCCUGGCAUCCAACGACAAGCAAAACCGGAACAAGUGCAUUCAUCUACGGGAUUGUUUUGAUUUCCGGAACCAUAUCUGCAUCGUCACCGAUCUCUACGGGCAAAGCGUCUUCGAUUUCCUCAAAGCUAAUGGAUUCGUUCCGUUCCCCAGUACUCAUAUCCAAAGCUUUGCUCGUCAGCUUUUCACGAGCGUUGCCUUCUUACAUGAUCUCAACCUCAUCCACACCGAUUUGAAGCCGGAGAACAUCCUGCUUGUUAAUAAUGCGUACCAGACCUUCACAUACAACCGCGCCAUCCCUUCGUCAUCCGCCACGACCAACCGUUCCGCUCGACACCGAAAAGUCCUCCUAGACCCGGAGAUUCGGUUGAUCGAUUUCGGGUCCGCCACGUUCAACGAUGAGUACCACUCAUCGGUGGUCUCGACCCGCCACUACCGUGCUCCUGAGAUCAUUCUGAAUUUAGGAUGGAGCUUCCCGUGCGACAUUUGGAGUAUUGGCUGUAUUCUUGUCGAGUUCUUUACCGGGGACGCACUGUUUCAGACCCAUGACAAUCUCGAGCAUCUUGCGAUGAUGGAGCCGGUGUGUAACGGAAAAUUGGAGAGGGAUCUGGUCCGGGCCGUCCAUCGGAACGAGAAGUCGUCGAAUCGGAAUCCCGCUGCUGAGUACUUCCGCGGCGGCAAACUAGACUACCCUAACACCGAAACCACCCGCGCGUCCCGAAAAUACGUCAAAGCCAUGCGAAAACUUAGCGACUUCAUCCCCCCCCACACCGAAUUCAACCGCCAAUUCCUCGAGCUCCUCCGCCGCAUCUUCGUCUACAACCCCAACAAGCGCAUCACCGCGAAAGAAGCCCUCGCCCACCCCUGGUUCCGUGAGAGCAUCCUCGACGACGGCACUGAGGCAAUCCGAAUCCGCGACAGUCGGCGGCGCGCGGCGGAGGAGCGCCGGCUGCGCGAGGAGAACGAGAGUGCGGCGGGGAGGAACGGGGUGACGUCGGCGGGGGCGUCGACGGCGCUGUCGACCCCACGGGUCGCUCCGCCCGUCCCGCGUGCGGUGAACGUAUCGGUUGCGGCGAGGAGCUGA